AUGCCAUCCCUCAACGACUCCAAGCACGAAGAAGCGAGCGAGGCUUCAUGGGAAGCCUGCCGUGGCGCCGUUUCUGGCGCCUUGAAAUGGGGCGUCGGUAUGGCCCUACUGAGUGGUCUCGGAUACUACAUGUCGCCAGUAUACCGUAGCCUGACGUUCCAGUUUAAGGUGUAUAUCCAGAUGUCAGGCAUGGUGUUGGGGAGCAUGAUCGAGGCUGAUGCUCGGCUGAGGGCAUUUGAGGAACGGAUCAAGAUGGAGCGGCGGAGGGCUAAACAGAGAGCCUACUGGGAGGCUUUUGAGAGGACUUACGGCAAGGAUGAUGAUGAGUGA